AUGUCGAUCAACCAGGCCGCUGUGAAUGAUCAUCAGCUUAUGUACGAGGUUACUUUGUGGGAGCGUUAUGCCCCGUCGCCGAGAUUCCCCCCUGGUAUUCUGCACGGUCUUGAUCCAGGUGUGUACUACAUUCUGACAAUCGGAAUUUUCCGCCGACAAUCUCUAGAAAUGUCCAUGAUCUUGGAAGAAAUUCCCACCUUCUUGGCUGUCAACUGGUUGCUAGACUUCAUUUUUUUUAUCCGCGAUGCUCAUAAUUAG